GACAAAUCAUCAAUGGCCAGGAACCUUUAGCAGACACACUCCAUUGCUCCCACCCACACAAAUUUUACAGAAGUCAAAAGUUCCUUUUUCAUUUUACAGUCAAACAGCAGGCCUUGUUUAUUUCAUUUUUAUCUAACACAGCUGAAGGCCUUCCGAGACUAGUUAAGGUCACACUGCUUUACAAUAAGAGAGAGGGAGACAUUUUUGGUUUUCGUUGAGUGAGAGGAAAUUUUGAAACAUUGUGCAAUGGUGCCGCAAAAGUUUUGAAAGGUUGUGAGAGCAUUUUGCCAGCAAAGCGUCGGCGAGUCGGUCUGUUGGAGGUCUCCAUGUUGCAUCCAUACAGAAUGGAGAGCUAUCUCAUCCCACCUCACACAGAAGAAAUGUACGAUCCUGAGAUCUACAGACAUCAAAUUGCAGCAGAAUAUUAUAGUCCAUAUGUCCUAGAUGCAGAUAUCCAGGCAGAUCACUGGGACUACCAUCCUCACCCUCACGUUCACCCUGUAGAAUUUGAAAACCUCCAAGAGGCCAAUUUCACAGAGCUGCAGAGUGUGCAGGCUCUCCACCCGCCUGGCCUCAUACGACACGACCCCAUAAGAUACGAAGCAGAAAACCUGCUGGAUCCAAAUCUUGGGGCUCAUCCACAUGUGUUACAGCAACCAGUAGCGUUCUUCCCUCGGUCCGUGUAUCAACCACAUGUGUCCCAACGCAGCUCUGAUGAUGAGGAUCACGGAGGAAGAAGUCCCCCUCUGGAGGUGUCUGAUGAGGAGUGUUUGAGGGAUCGAGUCCCUUACGUCACAUCAGGGGAGCUGGGCAAUAAGAAGAAGAUCCGCCUGUACCAGUUCCUGUUGGACCUUUUAAGGAAUGGCGAUAUGAAGGACAGUAUCUGGUGGGUGGACAGAGACAAGGGGACAUUCCAGUUUUCUUCCAAACACAAAGAGGCUCUCGCACACCGCUGGGGAAUCCAGAAGGGAAACCGCAAGAAAAUGACCUAUCAGAAGAUGGCUCGAGCUUUGCGCAACUAUGGCAAAACUGGAGAGGUGAAAAAGAUCAAGAAGAAGCUGACCUACCAGUUCAGCGACGAGGUGCUGGGGAAGGGUCAUCUAGAGAGAAAAGUGUACAUCUAGGCAGGGAGGGAAAUGUCAGAGUGGAAAAGUGUGACAUUAGAGCUGUAGUUUCUGGUGUUACUGUAGAUACUUAAUCAACUUUACUGAUCUGGUAAAUAGCAUUAUAGGAAUAGUCAGUACUGCUGUACAGCAAGACCAGUUCUUUGAAGAUAAAUGCAGCGUAAACCUAUGGACCAAGAUCCCAAAACUCCUUCAAAGACGUGUUGGGAGACCAGUUAGUACUGAAGGGACACCAUAGACAGCUCAGUCUGGUUUGUCCGUCUGAAUGUCUGGAUGAUAAAAGACAGUCAGGACCAGAUAUAUGAAAAUGUGUAACAUUUCAUUCCAAAUGUGUACAGAAAUUUGUCGUAUUUUCAUGUGGUGGCCAAAGUUGGAACUGCAAGUCAUGUGAUGCUAACGAGACCACUAAGAAUCACACACAGUCAGCUGCUCUAAAUAGUUUAAACCAAACCAAAUAUUGUAAAAGUGUUAAUUUAUUUGCUACAUUAGGAUAAAAUUCAUAAAAUGGAAUAAAUUCUCUUUAAUUUAUCAAUGAUGAUUAAAUGAUGAAUUAAAAAAUAGAUUCACAAAAAUGGGCAUCAAGUUGAACUUCACCUGUAAAACUGCAGAACCAUUCCUAGCCACACAUUAUAGUGACAGUAAACUAUAAAACACAAUCAUUUUCAAAUCCAGAUAAAGAUUUACAAAUCUUUAUUCUUACAUUGUUUGUUUGUUCAUUUGGUUUGUCUAUUUUCAGAAUCAGAAUCAGUUUUUUCUUGUCAUUAUACAGUGUAUGAUGAAAUUUGUCGUUGUUGUCUUACUAUUUUUUUCAAGGUUAUUGCCUGACUGCUACCACUGGCAUGUAUCUAAUAUAUAUAUAAAACUAUGACCAGCAGGAGAUUAUUGCAUUAAGGCUGGAACCAGGAGGAAAAUCUGUCUAUCCUCACUUCUUAAGCUCACUAACAAAAAUUACAUUUCUGGUGUUUAAUCAGAGCAAAAGUUUAAACUACAUUUUUUUGAAAACUAUUUGCAGUUUGGAUCAUAGACUUCCUGAAGGUUUUAGAUAUACCUGACUUCUACUGAGACGGUUUCAUAUUAAUAUGUAGAUAUGAGGGUUUUGCAUCAGUCUUUUAAGGUGAAUAGCUUCCUCCCAACAAUUUAAAAUGAUUGCUUUCAUGACUAGAAUUAAUAGUGUACAGUCCAAAAGCAAAAAAUGGUGCACAGAGACAGCAGUAAAUAUUCUAUUUCUUAUUUUUUUUUUAAAUGUCUGUUAAAGUCCAAAUGUUAUUUCAUGACACAGUAGGCCUCAACCUUCUUCCUUGUGUUGGACAAACUUAAGUUCUCUUUUUACUGUGAGUAUUACUACUGUACAUACAUGUUCACAUUGCUAUUAUAUAUUUAAAACAGCAAGGAGGCACACCCUUUGUGAUUAGGAUUGAUAUUAUGGUGUAUAAGACCAUAAUACAUCAUAAUAUAGUAUAUAAAACUAUAACCACAGUUAUUUACAUGCUGAGAAAUGGUUUGUACUCUGUAUACGGAGACAGAAAUGUGUAUGUUGUCAUUAAGAAUUGCCUGUAAAACCGUAAUAAAUUGUUCAUCAGUGUA